AUGGCGACCGUUGUCAGGAUUGAUCAACAAUCACCCAUACACCUACCUUCUGGUGCGGGCUGGAGUUACGCCCAGGCUUCCACGCUAUUAAACCCAGCUACGGAAGCAUAUCAAGAGGCCGUUACGCUUUUCAGCGCCGAGCUUACGCACGACGAGCGCAAACGUAUAUGGCUACAAGGCAAGCAUGACAUGAAAGAUGUCCAAAAGGCUGUAUCCGAGGCCAAAGCGAUGUACGAGAGGUCGAAAACCUCGGAGGCGAGAAUAUGGCUGGACAAGCUCUCCUCGCGCAUCAUUUUAUACGGAACUGUUCUAGAUACACUGUCACAGCAUCAUGCCGAAUACGUCUCAUUGGUUUGGGGGGCUAUCAAGUUUGUGCUUGUGGGCAUUCUUAACCAGGAAGAACUCAUCAAACAGUUAGCCAAAGCACUGUGUAAUGUCGCCGACGCUCUGCCACAUAUCGAGCUUAAGAUAAUCCUGUAUCCGACAGACGCAAUGAAGAGUCUCGUGGCAACUCUCUACGCACACAUCAUCAAAUUCGUUCAACGGGCAGCAAAUUGGUACAAGGAGGGGAAGAUGAAGCAUAUGCUCAGCGCUAUCGCACGGCCGUACAAGCUGCGCUUUAAAGACAUCGUUGACGAUAUAUCUGAGGCUGCUAGGAGAGUUGAUCGAUUGGCUGCGAGUCUGAGUAUGGCCGAACAAAGGGAAAUGCAUCUGAAGCAGCAUGACACGCAUACAAUUGUGACUGAGAUGAGGCGCUUCUUGGAAGAACAACACAAACUGCAACACUCCGUUCAACUCGACACUAGCCGGCGGGUUUGCGAGAUCCAAUUCUCGCAGAUCUUGACGUUUGCAGCUACCACGCCCCUAGUUAGCCCGGAAACCACCCGAGGAAUAUACGUCUCCAUGCGAAACCGCCGAAGACGCCUAAAGGGCAUGGGGCCAGCGCCAUUCAGGAGCACUCCGCAAGCUUUACAAGCUUGGGCAGUAGAGAGACAGUCUUCUCUCAUCGUUUUCAGAGGCUCUUUUAGAGCGCGCAACGUUCUGAACGACUUUGUUGCCGAUACAAUUGAUCUGAUUGUCGAUGCAAACAUCCCUGCCGUCUGGGUGCUCCAAACCAGGAGCGACGGCCAAUACUCCUCUGUUGAUAUUCUGAAGCAGUUGGUUCUACAGGUCCUGCAGCAGAACUAUAGUCUUCUGAAUGAACGCUCCGCCUCGCUCAAUGCUGCCCGGUACCAGAGCGCAACUACUGAAGACGAAUGGUUCAAUCUUUUGGGUUCCGUGCUUGUCGGCCUUGCUCAGAUCUACAUAAUUGUCGACGCUGAAAUGCUAAACAGCGGCAUCGAUGGUCGCAUCACCUGGGCAAGUGCGUUCCAAAAGCUCUUUGAUGAGCUGGAGAGACGAGGCGUCGAUACAGUAGUCAAGGUCGCCAUUAUCGGCUACAAAGCAACAACCCUCAAUCAUUUGCCCAAAGCCGUUGUCGACAGUGCUGUACAGAUUCCUGAGAGCAAGUGCAAAAAGGCGAUGGCUCAAGCUGGAAAACAACGGGGCCGCUCAAACCGGAAUAUCAAAUCCAUGCGGCUCUGGCCGAAUUCGCAGUUGUCUUCCCAUUCUACGGUCACAUCGAGCAAUGGCGUGCGGUAG